AUGCUUCUUUCGGACGAAGAGCUAGAGCAAUGCGGCCUCCCGAUGCGAAACAGGGACGAUUCAAUAGAGGACGACUUAAAACUCAUCGAAAAAGCUCUCCACUCGGGCAUUUUAUCAAGAAUGGAGCAAUGGCUAUCAACGAGAAUCUAUGCACCAAGCGUGAGAACUUCUCAAUUCGAAUUUUUAAGCCGCCGCUCGGCGUGGGAGAUCGAAACACUUCAACUUAUGUUGCUAGACAAGAACGGAAAGCCUGAAAAAGCUGCUUGGUUAAAACAUCCAAAGCUUCAAUAA